CAGGAUGGAGAGCAAGGCCGUGGAUCUCCACACCUUCUCCGAGCGGGAGAACGGAUCCGUGCUGGAGGAGCCCUUGGAGGGACGGAGCCUUUCCAAGCUGAACCUCUGCGAGGAUGAUCCCGGCCCGAGGAGGCGGCCCUGGCCCUGCCGCGGCCGGGUGGGCUCGGUGGCGGCGCUGAAAUAUUCCGUGGUGGGGCUCUACCUCCUGGUGCUCCUCAUCCUGGUGGGAAUCUUCAUCCUGGCAGUGUCCCGGCCCCAGGCGUCCCCCGAGGAGCUGCAGGCGCUGCUGGGCGACGUCCGGCGCCUCAACGAGACCCUGCGCCAGCUGCAGCUGCAGCUGCUGCACCCGCCGCCCAGGGCCGAGCUGCUGGAGCACGUCUGGCGGCUGCAGGACCUGCUGCAGAACCACUCGGACGCGCUGCUGCUGCUGUCGGGCUCGCUGCAGCGGCUGCAGGGGCUCCUGGGGGGCCUGCAGGGCCAGGCCGGCCAGGCCGAGCGCUCGCUGGCGCGGCUGCGGGACGCGCUGGCCCAGCAGGGCGACGCGGCCCAGCUGGAGCUGUCGCGGCUCUGGGUGGACGCCAACGGCAGCCGGCUGCUCCUGGAGCACCACCAGCACCUCCUGGGCCACCUGGGCGGGCGGCUGGACGCCCUGGGCGAGCAGGUGGCCGUGCUGGGCGGGGCUGUGGAUUCCAUGAACCGCAGCUUCUCCUACGACAUCCGCGUGCAGCAUUCCCGGCUCCGGGACCUGCAGGGGCUCCUGGGCAACGCCAGCGCGGACGCGUGGAGGAUGCGGGCGGCGCACGCGGCCAUGGAGCGGCAGCUGAGGCUGGAGCUGGCCCUGCUCAACAACGUCACCGAGGAGCUGCGCAUGAAGGACUGGGAGCAUUCCGUGGCGCUCCGGAACAUCUCCGUGAUCCGGGGACCACCGGGACCCAAAGGAGACCGAGGCACGGAAGGGAUGGAGGGAGAGCCCGGCCUUCCCGGCCUUCCCGGGGUCCGAGGGUUUCCCGGGGAGCGGGGGCUGCCCGGCCCGCAAGGAUUGAAGGGGGACCAGGGAGAGCUCGGCCCUCGCGGCCCCGCGGGAACGCGCGGCUUCAAAGGCGAGCGCGGCCCCAAGGGGGACAAGGGGGACAAGGGGGACCGAGGAGCCGCUGACGGCACCGGCCCGGCCGAGGGCGCGGUGCGGCUGGUGAACGGCUCCGGGGGGCACGAGGGGCGCCUGGAGAUCUUCCACGAGCGCCGCUGGGGCUCGGUCUGCGACGACGGCUGGGACCGGCGCGACGGCGACGUGGCGUGCCGCAUGCUCGGCUUCCCCGGCGCCGCCGACGUCUUCCGCAUGGCGCGCUUCGGGCAAGGUGGGGCCCGCCGGGAGCCGGAGCGGGAUUUGGGAUUUGGGAUUGGGAUCGGGAUUGGGAUCGGGAGCGGGAACGGGAACAGGAGUUCUUCCGCAUGGCGCGCUUCGGGCAAG